CUCAAUCAAGCUGCUAGCAAUGCCGCCAAUACGGUCCUGUACUCGAAGAGGAUGAUAGGGCGAUGCUUCGACGAUCUGAUCGUGCAUUGGCAGAAAGAUAUGGCCACGUGGCCGUUCAAGGUGAUCCGGUGUCUGGAGACGGGGGGACCACUUGUCAGCGUGCAAUGUUGUGGUGAGAAAAGGACGAUCUCGCCCGAAGAGAUCUCCUCGAUGCUAUUAAGGAAGAUGAAGGAAAUCGCCGAAGCCUCCCUCGACUGUCAAAUCAAUAAUGCCGUGAUUACGGUUCCCGCCACUUUCAAUCAAUCUCAGAAGAUGGCCACAAAGCAGGCGGCCGUUCGGGCGGGACUAACGGUGCUGCGCUUGAUUACGGAGCCCUCGGCGGCCGCCAUCGCCUACGCCGUUAGGGUUAACGGAAUCUCCUCGGGGCCGUUAGGGUUCAGACCCUCGGUAAUGGAUCUGCCCCAUCGGACGGUGAUGGUCGUUGAUUGGGGCGGAGGGACGUUCGACGUGUCAAUCAUGCGUGUGAACGGUGAUCGGUACGAGGUUGUGGCUUUGGCCGGAGACACCCAUUUAGGCGGGGAGGACGUGGACGAUAGAUUGGUGCGGCAUUUUGCGCGGGAAUUCGAGUUUGAUCACGGGAUCGAUGUGCGUCAGAAUCAACGGGCAUUGCGUCGAUUGCGAUACCAUUGUCAGGAGCUGAAGCACCAGUUGUCCUUCUCCCCCUGCGCGACCACGCAGAUCGACUCGCUGUGCGACGGGAUCGACUUCCACAUGGAGGUGUCGCGAUCCCGAUUCGAGGAGCUGUGCGCGGACCUGUUCGCGCGCUGCAUCAAGCUCGUGGAGAAGGCGGUGAGCGAGGCGAAGCUGGACAGGGCGGACAUCUCCGAGGUCAUUUUGGCGGGAGGAUCGACCAGGAUCCCGAUGAUUCAGGAGAUGCUGGCGGGCUUUUUUGGCGGGAAACACCCGUCCAAGUCCAUUCACCCCGACGAGUGCGUGGCGUACGGCGCCGCCGUCUGCGCGGCCAUGAUGACCGGCGACAUCCGGCGGGAGAUGAGCGAUCUCUGCGUCGUUGACGUCACCCCUCUCAGCAUCGGAUUCCGCAACUGUCGGGGAAGGUUCGUCCGCAUGAUCCCCAGAAACACGCCCUACCCGACGAAGAAGGUAGUGCAAGCACGUGGCGGCUACGACGGUCAGACCGCCUUCGCCUUCCCCGUGCACGAGGGGGAGCGGGAAUGGGCCAAGGAGAAUCAGCUGCUGGGGACGCUUCUGCUUGAAGGCCUGCAGCCGGGACCCCCGGGCAGUCCCACUGAACGUGUCCCCGUUCAAUGCAUCUUGGAGAUCGACUCCGACGGGAUCUUGACCGGCACGCUCGUUGAUCAGACCACGGGCAGAUCUGUCCGAUCCACUCUCAGCAGUUAUUGGUUAAAUAUGUCGGAGAAGGAUGUGUCGCGCAUCGUCGAAGAGGCCAAGCAGUCCAGAGCGGCUGAUGAGGCGUUGUUAGAGAGAACGACGGCCAAGUACGAUCUGAUGGCUUACAUACAGAAAGUUCGGCGAAGGUUCUCGCUGGUGGCGGGAAACGAAGAGAUCCGCACGGCUGAGCUGGCACUGGGAUCGGCGGAAAGGUGGAUGGAGAGGGGAUCCUUCGACGAGGACGAUAAGAAUCAGGAGCAGCUGUUAUUAGAUCCUGAAGAGUACAACAAGAAAAGACGAGCACUCGAGGAGAUUUGCCGCCCGAUCAUCGAAAGGAUAAGAAUGCUGCAAUCAGGUGAGCAGCGGUACAGACGAGCGUGGAAGAAUGUCCGCAGUUGGCUUAUUGAAGCUUGGUCUGGAAUAGCAGCGCGGAGGGUAGGCACGGAAUUUGGCAAGCAGGCGCCGGGCAGGGACAGAAUCCGGCAAGCAGGCGCCGGGCAGGCACAUAAUUUGGCAAGGAGGAGGUUAGGCACGGAAUUCAGCAAGCAGGCAGAAUGUAGGCAUGGAAUUCGGCAAGUAUGCGCCGGGCAGGGAUGGAACUUGGCCAGCAGGUGCCAUGCAGGGACAGAAUCUGGCAAGCAGGCUCCAAGCAGGGACAGAAUCCGGCAAGCAGGCGACGAGCAGGCACAGAAUUUGGCAAGGAGGGGGUUAGACACGGAAUUCGGCAAGCAGGAAGAAGGUAGGCACGGAGGACGGCAAGCAGGCAGGCAGAAGGUAGGGACGGAGGACGGCAAGCAGGCGAAGGGUAGGCGUGCAAUUCCGCAAGCAGGCAGAGGAUAGGCACGGAAUUUGGCAAGCAGGAUGAGGGUAGAGGGAUGGAAUUUGGCAAGCAGGAGAAGGGUAGGCAUGGAAUUCGGCAAGCAGGCGCU